AUGACUGAAGCUGCCAGCGUUUACCCAUCCUUGGUGGAUCGUCCCAUCAAGAACACUGUUGUCCUGUUCGAUGUUGACGAGACCCUCACACCCGCUAGACGACAUGCCUCCACUGAGAUGCUUGAGCUUCUCUCUCGCCUCCGCCACAAGACCGCCAUUGGAUUCGUCGGCGGCUCGAACCUCGUGAAGCAACAAGAACAGCUCGGCUCCCCUAACGUUGAUGUCACCUCCCUCUUUGAUUUCUGCUUCUCUGAGAACGGUCUCACUGCAUUCCGUCUCGGCAAAACCCUCGCCAGCAACAACUUCAUCCAAUGGCUUGGUGAAGACAAGUACCAGGCGCUGGUCGACUUUGUCCUCAAGUACAUUGCGAACACCAAGCUGCCCCGCAAGCGCGGUACUUUCGUCGAGUUCCGCAAUGGAAUGGUUAACAUCAGCCCUGUUGGCCGUGCUGCUAGCAUCGAGGAGCGUGACGAGUUCGAAGCUUUUGAUAAGAUCCACAAUGUCAGAAAGAACCUCGUGGAAUUGUUGAAGAAGGAAUUCCCCGACUAUGGUCUCACUUACUCCAUCGGUGGCCAGAUCUCCUUUGACGUCUUCCCCACCGGUUGGGACAAGACUUACUGCCUGCAGCACAUUGAAGCCGAGAAGGGUAUCACCGGCAUCGAAUACACGACUAUUCACUUCUUCGGUGAUAAGACUUUUGUCGGAGGCAACGAUUAUGAAAUCUACGAAGAUUCCCGAACCAUCGGACACUCCGUCGAUGGCCCCGAGGAUACCAUCAAGCAGCUGAAGGAGCUGUUCGACCUAUAG